AUGGGUGUAAUCCGAAAAAAGACCGCGACCCGAGGUGCUGAAGGGGGAGUGAAAUACGUCUGCGACGUGUGUUCUGCAGAUAUCACUUCAACAGUUAGGAUUCGAUGUGCCGAUUCUCACUGUCAUGAUUAUGAUCUCUGUGUACUCUGCUUCUCCAAUGGUGAAACCUCCCAUAAUCAUAACCCUGGAACGCAUCCAUAUCGUGUAAUUGAGCAAAAUUCUGUUCCAAUAUAUGACAAGAAUUGGGGUGCGGAUGAAGAGUUGUUACUCCUUGAAGGAGCUGAAAUUUAUGGUUUUGGAUCGUGGGCAGAUAUUGCUGAUCAUAUUGGAGGAUAUAGAAAUAAAGACGAAGUCAGAGCGCAUUACCAAAAAAUUUAUCUGGACAGUCCCAAUUUUCCGUUACCAUUGCGAGCCAGCCCACAAGAUACGCAACUUUUAGAUGAGAUCUCGAGGGAGGAGUUCCAAGCUAGAAAAAAAAGAAGGAUAGAGGAUCGAAAAGAAGCCGCCAGGACAGCAAUUCCUGCAGUUCCAAAAAAGAAACCGACCGCCAGCGUACCGGCUUGCCACGAAGUUCAAGGUUAUAUGCCCGGGCGACUGGAGUUUGAAACUGAGUAUUAUAAUGAGGCCGAAGAAGCGGUUCAGUUAAUGCAAUUUGAUCCUGGUGAUGGGGUUAAUCCCCGAACUGGAGAACUCGAACCUGAAAUGGAGCUAAAAAUGACGGUCAUGGACAUAUAUAAUGCGCGCCUUACUCAAAGGGCUGAGAGAAAGAAAAUAAUAUUUGAGCACAACCUCCUUGAUUACAAAAAAAAUUCUGCCCUAGACAAGAAACGUACUAAGGAAGAACGCGAAAUACUAAAUAAGGCCAAACCGUUUGCACGUAUGAUGAAUCGUGAUGAUUUUCAAGAAUUCUGUAAUGGUCUUGUUGAAGAACAUCAUCUGCGACAUGCUAUAGCCCAACUUUUUGAAUGGCGUAACAUGAAGAUAGAUGACCUUCGCGCUGGAGAAAAAUAUGAGCAAGAAAAAGUACAACGUGCGCAAAAGACAAUAAUGUCAGGCACCCUCGACCGUGAACGGUUCGCCAGCUCGCAGCGUGGCAAGCCUGCUCCAAUAAUUGAGAUAUCCCCAUCAGUGGCAGCAUUUACUACACCUGAUAUUACUAUGCUUCACAACCCGGCACCUCCAAUAGAAAAUAAAAAUCUUACCAGUGGUCUUGUAAAUGAAUUAACUAUGCCAGUGAAGCCAAAAUAUCAUGUCUUACCACUCCAAACAAUAACCCCUAUGUCUAUGGACCGAAAAAACCUUCCUGAUUCUCAUCUACUUCUUCCCGAAGAGGUAGAGCUCUGCGAAAAAACCAGAAUUCACCCUAAGCCUUACCUUGCUAUAAAAGAGGCCAUUCUACGGGAAUCAAUUCGGGCGAAUGGAGCUCUGAAAAAACGACAAGUCAGAGAGCUAGCAAAAGUAGAGUCCCAAAAGGGAGCGCGGAUAUUUGACUUUUUCGUCGCUCACGGCUGGCUUGGCAAGGCCUGA